AAUGAACAAAAGACACUAUUGUCUUUUUUACAGCAGAAUUUGAAUUUGUCUGAUAGUUUGCAUCAUUCAUUCUGUUAUUUUCCUGUUUGUUUUAAAACGAUCUGUACUGUAUAUAGAAGUAAAGCCGCCUCGACUGCUGUGUGUGUGUGUGUGUCAUCAUGUCCAGCCGGGCUGGGAAGAAGAAGCUCAGCAGGUCGUCGCGCUCCGCCAGGGCUGGAGUGAUCUUCCCCGUCGGCCGGAUGCUGCGCUACAUCAAGAAGGGGCUUCCCAAAUACAGGAUUGGUGUCGGAGCUCCAGUGUACAUGGCUGGGGUUCUGGAAUACCUGACCGCUGAAAUCCUGGAGCUGGCUGGAAAUGCAGCCAGAGACAACAAGAAGGGCCGUGUGACGCCCAGACACAUCUUACUGGCCAUCGCCAACGACGAGGAGCUUCAUCAGCUGCUGAAGGGUGUGACCGUCGCUGCCGGCGGAGUCUUGCCCAACAUCCACCCAGAGCUGCUGUCCAAGAAGAGGAGCUCCAGAGGAAAGCUGGAGGCCGUCAUCACUCCUCCGCCAACCGAGAACAAGACCAAGACCGCCAAAAAAGCAGUGGUCAAGAAACUGGCCACCAAAAAGUCCAGACGAGUGAAGAGACGGGCCGCUGAUGCGGACGGCGGACCGGCUGGUGGAUUCACUGUCCUCUCUUCCAAAAGUUUAUUCCUCGGACAGAAGCUGCAAGUUGUGCAAGCUGACAUUGCCACCAUCGAAAGUGAAGCCGUUGUUCACCCGACCAACUCCACCUUCUACAUGGGUGGUGAAGUAGGGAAUGCUCUGGAGAAGAUCGGGGGAAAGGAGUUUGGAGAGGCGGUUCUGGAGCUGCGCAAGAAGAACGGCCCUCUGGAGGUGGCAGGAGCGGCCGUGACCUCGGGAUUCGGUCUUCCUGCUAAGUUUGUCAUCCACUGUAACAGUCCCGGCUGGGGCUCGGAUAAGUGUGAGGAGAUGCUGGAUAAGACUGUGAAGAACUGCCUGGCUCUCGCGGAUGAGAAGAAGCUCAAGUCUGUGGCGUUCCCUUCUAUCGGCAGCGGCAGGUACAACUGCACCCCUGAACACUGACACACACAGCACUAA